AUGCACGGAUAUGAUAUAUUCAAUUUGCUCUUGCGCCUCGGCCAACUUGCAUUCAGUACUAUUGUCCUCGGUAUCACCAGUGCACAUCUGAGUCGUGCUCGAAGUGAAUCAGGAUGGACUAGGAAGCGAUUCAUCUACACCGAAGUUACUGCUGCUCUGGGUCUAUUCUUCUCCUUAUUUUUCUUGCUACCACACACAUGGAAUUUUAUUCAUUGGCCUAUCGAUUUCCUGAUGUUCGUUAUGUUUAUGAUUGCUUUUGGAUUAUUGGUUGAUUUCAUCGCACCUUCCCACUGCGGAAGUGCAUUUCGUUGGUUCGGUAGAUAUGGCGGGUCCAGCUGCUCGAGAUGGAAAGCCGACGUGGCAUUUGCAUUUUUGGCUUCCCUUUUCUUCCUGGCUUCUUUUCUCCUCGGAACAUUCAUGCACCACCGCUCCCGCCGCACGCACACUACGGCCACCGACCCCAACGUCCCCGUCGCCGAACAACCAACCAAUGGUCAACCUACCACCGAACGAAAGAAAUGGUACCGAACGCGUGUUUAA